AUGUCCUCCCAGCAGCGGCCAGAAGACGACGAACUCGCUUACGGAGAUGACUAUUCUCGGUCUCGAGGAGGAGGAGGUGGUGGUGUUGGUCAAGAUGGCAGUGAUCGAUCACUUCUGGGAGAUACCUUUCGAAAGUUCAAGUCUGGAUAUGACAAGUACAAGACGCCUUCCUCUCCAUCCCAAAGCUAUGGCUCUGGCGGCUCAGGCUCCUCUCAGCAGUACUAUGGUCAGUCGGCCCAAACUACUGGCUAUCCUCAAACAGGUCAACCAGCCUAUCCGGGAGGUCCGCCUACCCAACAGCCCCAAGGAAAACCAGAUAUAGCCUCGAAACUCCUGGGCGGGCUACAAAGCACCAUUCACAACAUUGGUUCUGAUGUUGCCAACUUGCUGGGGCCAGACAACAGACCACCGUCACAGUAUUCACACCCACCUCCAGGGCAAAGUGGCUUUGCCGGCUUCUCAAAUAGGCCACCUUCACCUAAUCUUCCUCAAGGCCCAAACCGUUAUGACAGCUUCGCAUCCGAAAAGCCGGGCAACGAUGUCAAAUGGUAUGUCGAUGGAUGUGGUUACUUUUGGGCAAUCAGUCAAGCACUGGAGGGAGCAAAGCGCGCCAUCUGGAUCCUAGACUGGUGGUUAUCACCCGAGCUCUAUCUGCGUCGACCACCUUCACAGAAUGAGCAAUGGAGACUCGACCGAAUUCUGCAAAGAGCCGCCCAGCGGGGCGUCAAAGUCAAAAUCAUCGUCUACAAAGAAGUGACACAAGCUUUGACUUUGUCUUCGGCUCAUACUAAACAUGAGCUCGAGAAACUACAUCCUAACAUUGCUGUUUUCCGUCAUCCAGACCAUCUUCCCGACGCUCAAACUAGCCAAUCGUCUUUGAUAUCUUCAUUUCAGGGUCUGAAACUUGAUGCUGCCGGGGUCUCGAAACUUGGUGCGGAUGCUCUGAAAGGAAUCUACGGCCUGAGCGAUGACGUGAUCCUGUAUUGGGCACAUCACGAAAAAUUAUGCGUAAUUGAUGACAGAAUUGCGUUCAUGGGCGGGUUGGAUCUUUGCUUCGGUAGAUGGGAUACCAAUCAACAUGCCAUCGCUGAUGCACAUCCCACGAAUAUCAACGACAUAGUAUUUCCAGGACAAGACUUCAACAACGCUCGAAUCAUGGAUUUCAGUGACGUCGCGAAUCCAUUCCAGAACAAACUCGACAGGACUAAGAGCUCUAGAAUGGGAUGGUCUGACAUUGCGUUGAGUUUGCAGGGUUCCUGUGUGCAGGAUCUUCGUCACCACUUCAUCGAUCGAUGGAAUUUCAUCUAUGAUGAGAAAUACGAUGUUCGAAAAGAUCAACGUUAUUACAGACUCCUCGACGACUUCUCACAUCCCGUAUCUGGUCCUGGACAACGUCCACAGUCCAGACCGCAGUCACAAGGAUACCUUCAACCUCCAGUACAAGGAGGUGCGUUCCUUCCACCACCAGGUAGUCAACCGUAUACUCCACCAGCCUGGCACACCACUAGCAGACCACAUACUCCAACAGCAGAACCGUAUCACCAUCAACCAGGAACAGCUGGCCCUUAUGGUGGGUCUCAGAAUCCUCCAGCACAAGGUACACAAUCUCAGCCUGAACGCCCUCAAGGGUCUUAUGGUCCCGGAACGAGCGCCUCAGUGCAGGGUACUCAAGCGCAACCCCCAUUAGGUGGUUACGGUCCAGUCUCUAAUCUCCCGAUGCAAGGAACUCAACCUCAACCUCAGCCAGGGAUCUACGGCCAGGUUUCUAGUCCCUCGAUGCAAGGAACUCAACCUCAGCCUCAGGGUGGCGGUUAUGGUCCAGUUUCUAGUCCCCAUAUUCAAGGACCUGAGAGUCAACCCCCGGCCGUGUCAGGCCAAUACCCACCAGUUUCGAGUUCGCCACCGGGCGCGCAACAUCAACCCACGACCACAGCCGGUGGUUACGGCCAACCACCAAACCCUUCAUUCCAGCAGAACUUUCCUCCUCCGCCUCCUGGACCUCCUCCUCAGCCAUCUCCCGGACCUUCACAAAGCUUCUCUGCAUAUCAACAGUCACCCAAUCCGAAUCCAAGCUAUGCACCCUACACUCAAGGGUCUGUAGAACUCCCUUCUCAACAACAACCGAGUCAAACAUAUCAACACCAUGUGCAUGAUCAGCCCGGUACCAACCAAACACGAGACUUCGACGACUACGGGUAUGGUAACGAGAAUGAAAGAGGUUUGGGCAGUGAGAGAGGUCUUCAUGGGAGAAUGGACCAAUACCGCGAGGAGGGCCGAAGGAUCGGCCAAGAACUCUCUUCAAUUGGUAACAUCGUCUCAAGCGGUGUUGGAGACAGAGUCCACCACAUUCAAGGCAAGUACAUGGGUGGUACAGAUCAUUAUGGGCGUCCAUACAAUCAACCCCGUCCUGUAAUGACCUGCCAGAUUCUUCGAAGCUGUACAACAUGGAGCAAUGGAACCCCUCUCGAGCAUUCUAUUCAGAAUGCGUACAUCGAUGUCAUUCGAAAUAGCCUGCAUUUUGUCUACAUUGAAAACCAAUUCUUCAUCACUGCCACGGGGGAUCAACAGAAACCUGUCAAAAAUUUGAUCGGUCAAGCCAUUGUUGAGCGGAUUCUUCGAGCUGCCAGGAAUGGUGAGAAAUACAAAAUAAUCGUCGUCAUUCCAGCAGUACCAGCGUUUGCAGGCGAUCUACGAGAUGAUGCUUCACUGGGAACUCGAGCCAUCAUGGAAUUCCAAUAUUUUAGCAUCAAUCGGGGUGGCUAUUCCAUAAUGGAGAAGAUCGCGCAGGCUGGGUACAAUCCCAUGGACUACAUUCGCUUCUACAACCUCAGAAGUUACGAUAGAAUCAACUGCAGCCAUGCCAUGACGCAAAUAGAACAGCAGAGCGGUGUGAGAUAUGAAGAUGCCCGCAAACAACACGACGAUGUGGUUGGAGCCGGAUACGGACUAUACGGAGAGAGGACCGGUGCAUCACAGAUAUCGCAAGCUCCACAGUAUCAGCAAUAUCAAUCAACUGCCCAGAAUGUGACAAUGCCCCGAGGUGCCCGUUGGGACAGUGUUUCAGAGUGUUACAUGCUUGGAGGACAAGACAUUCGUACGGUUCCGUGGGAUGGUCCGCCCGAGGCGGAAUUGGAUGCAUUCGUCAGCGAAGAGCUGUACGUCCAUUCCAAGUGCCUCAUUGCCGAUGAUCGGAUCGUUAUCUGUGGUUCGGCCAAUUUGAAUGAUCGAAGUCAGCUCGGUUCACACGAUAGUGAAAUGGCAAUUUUGGUCAACGAUCCCACACCUGUUCAGAGUUAUAUGGCAGGUCAACCAUGGCAAGCCAGCCAAUUCGCAGCAUCUCUGAGACGACAAUUGUUCCGAAAACAUCUGGGUUUGAUCCGACCCCAGGACAUGCGACGGCCUGACCCGAAUUUCGAGCCAGUCGGAGUACCCAACGUGUAUGAUUGGAACACUCCGGAGGAUAAUAUCGUUGCAGAUCCUCUGAGCGAUGCAUUCCAAAGCCUGUGGAAUACUCGAGCGAGAACCAAUACCGAAGUGUUCAGAAAGGCAUUCCGAGCCAUUCCAGAUGAUUAUGUCAACACCUGGGCAGAUUACAAGGAGUUCUAUGAGUACUUCUACCGUGGUCCUGAUCCCAAGGCUGGAGAAAAGGAAGCGAAUAAAUUGCCGCCAAAGGUCGAGUAUGGACAUGUAAUUCGAUCGGAUUUCCCAGGCGGAGCGCAAGAACUCAAGGAAUUGUUGAGCAAAGUCAAGGGUACUCUGGUCGAAAUGCCAUUGUGCUUUCUCCAAAAUGAAGACAUUGCCAAAGAAGGACUGACUUUGAAUGCACUGACAGAAGAGCUCUACACUUGA